AUGAAAUUGAAAUAAUAAAUUAAAAUUAAAUUAUAAGAUCUAAACUUUCCAGUAUUUAUAAUUAAAUAAAAAGAUGGUCGAUGGUUAAUUUAAACUAUAAAGUUUCAAGGAUAAAAGAAUAAUUGUAUAAGAUCAAAUAGAUUAGUUUUUACAAUUAAUGGGUCUGAUAUUAUUUUUGGAAUUGCUUCCUACUCUCAAAUAGAAAAGCAUAAUUUUGAACUAUAAUAUAAUAUACCCACUUCUUAUUUUGUUAGAUAGGAUGGAGGUAUAUUAUUAGAUUAUAUAUAUAUUAGUUCAUUUUGGUUUUGGUUUAACAGAAGUUUAACAAGAUUUUAGUGUACCUGAAUUUAGUUCCAAGAAAGGACAUAAAAUUAGUAUGAAAUUAUUAACUAACUAAAAUUUAUUGAUUAUAGAAAAUUUAAUCACAAAUGCAAAAGAAGAAUAUGAGAUACCUCAAAUAUCUGAUGAUUGGUGCUACAUUUUUGGUCUGAGAUUUCAAAAUGAUUCAAUUAUCAUAGAUUAAUGA